AUGGCAACUUACUCACCUGGAAACCACCCGAUGCCUCACGGCUUGCCGCCGGUAGAUCAAACAAUGAACCAGGACGCGGACUACGGUAAGCCUCGCCACUGCAAUGCAUGUCGGGACACUAUCUGCUCUGUCCAAAGUUGUAGCUUCGCUGGCCAGUCACUAACUUAAAGCUUCCACGCUGGCGAUUACGAGCACCAAGUGGGCUACCGGCUCAGCGUGGAUGUUUCCUUCGGAGCAUUGUGCUUUGAGGUACAUUUCGUUGUCUGGUACCCACAACCGAGUGCUCGAAAUCGUCACGUGUGGCGGCAAUCACUACAGAUCCAAGUCCCACCAGCAGCGCAAAGGGUGGCUCAGGUGGUUUGGACAUCUUCAAGAACCUAACUUCCGAGAAAAAGCAGACGAAGGGUAAGUGGCUGAAUGCUCUCACAGCUGGUACGGACAGAGCUGACAAUGCCACAGAUGGCCAGCCUCCCAAGCGGCGCGGUCCUAAGCCGGACAGCAAGCCAGCGCUCACUCGAAGACAGGAGCUGAAUAGGCAGGCUCAGAGGUAUUGAUGCUUCGACAUGCCGUGAUAACCAUCUGCUGACGCCAUCCAGAACACACCGUGAGCGGAAGGAGCUGUACAUCAAAGCGCUGGAGCAGGAGGUGCUCCGACUGAAGGAAGCGUUCUCUCAAACAUCCCGUGAGAAAGACGCCAUGAUCGAGGAGAAUCGGCGACUCAAGGAGCUUCUGUCACAGCACGGGAUCUCGUACGACUUCGCCAGCAAUCCCAUCAACUUCAUGCGAGAAAAUAGCGGCUACGGUGCAACGGAGUCGAGCGGAAGCAUCUCUGGAAGUUACCGGGGCACAUCAGAAAGCACCGGGUUCAGUCCUCCGCCCUCAGGCCACCAGAAAGGGCAAGCUCCAAACAUGUCAGCUGUCCAGGCGAACCAGGCAGCACAGAUGCGGAACAUGGCGCAGCUGCCAUCAAACAGGCUCGACUACGACCAGAUCGGAAUCGAUUUCGUGUUGACGUAUGACUCCCAUGGCAUGCCGGUGGACAUGCCGGCUCCUUACCCAUCGCCGCCACCGCAAGGCUAGUCGUUGCCAAUCGACGUGUGCUUCGGUAUGCCCCAUGAGAUGCAAGGUUCGUUGUGGCUGACGCUCACGUUAUGUAGGCUCGAACGGCCGUGUAUGGACCAUAUGCAAUACCUCAUGGUCCGUUCGCACAAUCCCGAGGGUCAGCCAUUCCACCAUCCCAUGGAGAAUGCCGACGACGCCGAGCACGAACACAUGGCAGGGCAUGCGCUCAUGGCAACGGCACCGUCAUACUCGCACGUGAUGGAGAAACCGGCGGAGAAGUAUCCUCAUCAAAUGCCAGCAGAUUUAGACAGUACAUCUCUAGUGAAGCUACUGCAGCUCAGCUCACGGCUACCGCUAGACCGCGAAGGGGAGAUCACGCCAGUGAUGGCAUGGUCGAUGAUUUACGGUCACGAGCGAGUAGCUGAGCUCGAGGCUCAGGACUUGGAGCGGAUCAAGAACAACCUGGCGGGCAAGGUCCGCUGCUACGGGUGAGCUCGCGUCGCAUCUGUCCCCUCGUUGAGCGUGAACUUGACUCUAACACCCGUGACGCAGAUUCGGCGCUGUGCUCGAAGAGUUUGAGGUGCGUGAUGCCUUGGGUGGUGUUCUGGCGGAGACAACAGCAUUGCAGAACUCGGUCAGGCCAUUGCCGCACAGCAGAUCCCUGUUCACUAAGACAUUCAUUUAUCGUUAG